CUCGCUGACCAAGAGCCCUUCCCCAGCAGCAGCAGCAGCAGCAGCAGCAGCUCCUCCUCUUUCUGCUGGGUCUCUUUAAAAGCCAAGCCAAGAGGAGGCGCCUCUUGCUCGCUCUCUCUCGCUCUCUCUCUCUGCAGCCAUGGCCGGGAGGAGCGCACUGAUCGUCCUGGCCCACCCAGAGAGGACCUCCUUCAACUACGCCAUGAAAGAGGCGGCCGAGGAGGCGCUGAGGAAGGCCGGGUGGAAGGUGGCCACCUCCGACCUCUACGCCAUGAAGUUCAACCCGGUGAUUUCACGGGAAGACGUGACGGGUACCCCAAAGGACCCCCACCACUUCAACUACAGCAUGGAGGCCGGGCUGGCGUGGAAGGAGGGCCGCCUGAGCAGAGACAUCGUAGAGGAGCAAAAGAAGCUGGCCGCAGCCGAUCUGGUCAUCUUCCAGUUCCCCAUGCAGUGGUUUGGACUUCCCGCCAUCUUGAAGGGCUGGUACGACCGCGUCCUGACGUCUGGCUUUGCCUACUCCUACAGCAGCAUGUAUGAACAGGGGCCCUUCCAGAACAAGAAGGCUGUCCUCUCCUUUACCACCGGCGGAAUGGGCUCCAUGUACAGACCUGACGGCAUCAAUGGAGACAUCAACGUCCUCCUUUGGCCCAUACAGAGUGGCACCCUCCAUUUCUGCGGCUUCCAAAUCUUGGAGCCCCAGAUCGCUUUCAGCAUCGGCCAUACCCCUGCGGACAUUCGCACCCAGAUCCUGGAGAAGUGGAAGAAGAGGCUGGCCACCAUCUGGGAGGAGAAGCCCUUGACCUUCGUCCUGAGCGGUGACUUUGAGCCGAUGGCCGGGGGCUUCCAGCUGAAGAAGGCGGUCAAGGCGCAGGAGGAGGAGAGGAAGUAUGGCCUGAGCGUUGGCCAGCACCUGGGGAAGCCAUUGCCCCCGGACAGCCAGGUCAAAGCAAAGCAGCAGUAGCCCCUUCGGUCAGUGGCAGCCCUUCAGCUUCUUUGAGCUCCUUGAAAGUAGUUAGAACCAAAUCACUCAUUUCCUAGACAUGUGUUGCCUUUUGCCUUUCACCCAGGCUCCUUCCGCAGGUGAGGACGAAGGGGAUGCAAAAGGGCCGGGUUCAAGUCCAAGGUGCCUCACCUGUACAAUAAGUGCUCUUAGAUAGCUGGGACCUGGGCAAAAUGAGCUUUUCCCAAGGCAGUGGCGGCCUUCUCUGUCACUCUCCUAAUCUAUUUUUUACUCUGUCUUAAUAGAAUUAUAAUCACCAAAGCCUUCUAGAAAUCUGUAGCAGGCAAGACAGACUUCAGCUGAAUUAAAAAGAAUGCACUUUU